CAGGGACAGCAUGGUCCAAGGUCAAUAGUUGCAGCAGCCUAGAGGACACUGAGGAAAGAGAUAACCAGGCUGCCUUUGGAAAAACUGAGUUCUCCAUCAUGGAAGGUAUUCAGCCAGACCUACAUGACCCCCCUGUUGGAAAAGCUGCAGAGGAGAGAUCUGUAUCCUUUUUAUGUCAUGGACCUCUCCAGCAGUCAGACUCAGUCUAUGGGUCCCUUUCUCAGAAUUAUAUUUUUAAAUAAUUGAAGGUGUAGGAAGCCUUGACCUUGCCUGGUCCUUCAGAGCCACAACAGGUCCCCUGGAAAUGGAGCCAGGAAAUGAGACAACCACGACGACGUUUGGCUCUCCAGGCUCCCCGCCCUCCUGUGUCUUCCAUGAGAAUUUCAAGUACGUGCUUCUGCCCGUGGUAUAUUCGGUGGUGCUGGCUCUGGGUCUGCCCCUGAACUCCUACGUCAUCGUGCAGAUCUGGCUGUCCCGAAAGGCACUGACCCGCACGACUAUCUACAUGCUGAACCUGGCCUUUGCAGACCUGCUGUAUACCUGCUCCUUGCCUCUGCUCAUCUACAACUACGCCCAGGGCGACCACUGGCCCUUUGGUGACGUCUCCUGCCGCCUGGUCCGUUUUCAAUUCUACACCAACCUCCAUGGCAGCAUCCUCUUCCUGGCUUGCAUUAGCUUCCAGCGCUACCUGGGUAUAUGCCACCCCUUGUCCACCUGGCACAAACGCUGGGGCCGUGGUUCAGCCUGGCUGGUUUGCGGGGCCGUGUGGCUGGUUGUCUCAGCCCAGUGCCUGCCCACAAUCGCCUUUGCCCAGACAGGGAUCCAACGGAACCGCACCGUCUGCUAUGACUUGAGCCCUCCCAGCCUGUCUGCCAACUAUCUGCCCUAUGGCAUGGCCCUCACUGUCACCGGCUUCGUGUUGCCCUUCAGCGCUGUGCUGGCUUGCUAUGUGCCCCUCGUGCGCCGUCUCUGCCAGCAAGGUGGCCCCGAGGGGCCAGCUGUGGCUGAGAAGCGGGGGAAGGCAGCUCGCAUGGUUGUGGUGGUGGUAGCAGCCUUCGCUAUCAGCUUCCUACCGUUCCAUGUUACCAAGACUGCCUACCUGGCUGUCCGAUCAGUUCCUGGGGUUUCCUGCCCUGUCCUGCAGACCUUUGCCGCUGCCUACAAGGGCACGAGACCCUUCGCCAGUGCCAACAGUGUCCUUGACCCCAUCCUCUUCUACUUUACUCAGAAGAAAUUCCGCCAGAGCCCCCAGCAGAUCUGGUCCAAGCUAAGCACUAAGUGGCAUCGGGGACACUGAACACAGAAGGAAAAUGAUGGGUCGUGGGCCCCAGAGGGCUCAGCCAGGCAUCAGCUCUAAGUUGUCCCCCUGUGUUGCCCCAGGGACAACUCCUUCAGACAGCAGUGAACUCUAAGAUAACUGUAACUCACUCCCCCAAGGGAGAGGUGUGCCCAGAGACCAGUCACUGAGGAUCCCAGUGACCUGUGGAAUCUUGGAGUGAAGUGGCAAAGGGCACUAGAUUGGGAGUCAGGCAUCCUGGGUUCAGAUCCUGGCUCUGCUACCUCCUUCUUGUGUGUGACCUUGGGCAAAUCAUGUAACUUUUCUGGGCCUCGGUUUUGGAUAGUUCCAAGGGGAAGAGAUGGGAUGAUCCAGCUCUUUAGGUACCCUGCUGUCCAUCAUGAUAACUAUUUCUGGAGCAUGUGGAACAAGAAGAAUCAUUCUGGGAUCUGAAGUGAUUCUCAAACUCCCAGCUGAGCCCUGAAUCAAUCCACACUCAUCACUUAUUUAUUGAGCACUUACACUGUGUGUGGAACUGGGGACAAAAAGCAGCAGAGCCCUGGAUGGGAACUCAGAGGAGGCACCUGGGUGUGAGUCCAGCCACCAUUUUAUUGUAUGACAUUGGGUAAGGCUACCCUCCUCUCAGGCCUCCUCUGCAGUCACAAAAAAGGAAUAAAUGGACUUAUUGUGAGGAAGAUUAAGUGGUAUAGUCAUUGAAGUAAAUGGUGUAGUACUUACAGUUAGUGCUACAUAAAUGUUAACUAUCAUUGUUAUUAUGAUGAUGACAAGAUCUCUAAGGUUCCUUCCAAAUCUAAAUCCUAUGAUCCUGGGUGGAUGCUGUGGCUCCCACCCUUACAGAGCUCAGAUUUAUGGGAGGCAGCGAGGGAGGGAGAGAGGUGUGAAAGGGUGGAAGACAAGACUUAAACAUGGACACUAGGCCAAAUAUGCUAAGGACCCAGUGAAGACAGAGAGGCAGAGCUACAGAGGAAAAAAGAAACUAGUGAGAAGUAGCAGGGCAGCUAGGUGGCCCUGGAGUCAG